AUGAUGAGACUUAAAAAAAUAUAUCGCGAUGAGCUAUUGCAAAUCGCGAUCAUACUCAGCCUCCUACGCGUGGACCCAUCCGUACACUUGGGGUACCUGAGUCAAACGAUAGGUAUCGGAAUAGACGACAAUUUGAAUAACAAUUCGAGUUGGUCGAAUUUAAAUCCGUUUUUCAAUAGGAGAUUGUACAUUCAUCCAAAGUGCGUUAAUUAUUCAAAUUUGUUGGAAUACGAACGGGAUUUGUUCGAAGACUUGAACGCUUUGGGUCGAUACAAUAGAAUAAAUGCGCAAAACGACAUAACGGCUUAUUUGUUGAACGUCAACGGUACGGGAGUGGAUUUGGAACAAGAUGUCGCCACUCCGACUCCGGAUGUUGCAUCCGAUGUCGUGGAAAACGGUACGGAAGUUGCAACGUCACUUCCGGAAGAUGUUUUGAUGAACGACAACGAUUUGUGGUUAAGCGUCAAAGAUGAAACCGUGGGUCAACAAUACGAAGUGGAAUUAACUCAAGAGGUUGAAAGAAAAGAGGGAAAAGUUGUCGAAUUAGUUACAACGAUAUCCGCGAGAUCGCGCCAACAUUCUAACACACGCGAUAUUAUCGUCGUUUAA